AUGGGGCCCAACAAUGGAAAGACCGCCAAGCUCCCCCUCGUGCCAUUGGCCAAGGAUACCGUGCUCCUACCCGGCGUCACGAUGCGCAUUCCCCUUACCAACCGCCCAGACAUUGCCAACCUCCUGUCAUCUUUAGUGAAUCGCGCCAAACGAGACAAUAUCUUGAUCGGAUGUGUGCCGCUUGCAUCACCACGGUUAAGCAAAGACGGCCAGCAACUCAUCGAGAACGGCUCGGAUUCGCAAAAUGAAGGUUUCGAAAACAUCGACGCCGGGCAGGCUCGAAAAGGCGAUUUAUUUAACUACGGCACUAUUGCCAAGCUAGUAGGCGUUCAGCGCCGUGUUUAUUCGGAACCAUAUCUCCUCGUCGAGGGUGUCAGAAGGCUUUCUGUAGAGAAAGUCAUCAGAGAACGACCGUUCUUCGAGGCAGAGGUGACAGCCAAUGACGAACCUGUCCCAACUACAAGCGACAGCGAGAUAGUUGAACUGUUCCAGCAUCUCAAACAACUCUCUCGAGAACUUUUAACGCUACUCAGGCUCGCAUCUCUUAUUCCCUCUGGACCCUCAAAUCUCUCUCCGACAGUUGCACGCCGAUUUGAAGUAUUUAUCACUCGGAAAGACCUCUCCCAGGCAGGAAGUUUAGCCGACUUCAUGGCGGAUAUUGUGGAUUCGAGCCUUGAAGAAAAGUUGCGAGUUCUGUCAGCUUUCGACGUUAAAGAAAGACUGGAACGAGUCAUCGAGCUGCUGAACAGACAAGUUCAGGGCAUCAAGAAUAAUGUUAAAAUCACCUCCAUCACAACAACGGGGUUCUCGCCCAACUCAGCCUUUGAUAUUUCCCAAUUAGACCCCAGAUUAGCACGACGGGCCAUGUCUGGUGUCAACGGGUUUUCUCCAAUUGGAAACGGGCCUGGGCGUGGAAAUGAUGACGAAAAGGAAGUUUCAGAGGUCGAUGAGCUUCAACAGAGACUUGAUGAGGCACAGCUAAGCCCGGAAGCACGCAAAGUUGCCGAUAGAGAGCUCAAACGACUUCGCAAAAUGAACCCCGUGAAUGCUGAAUACGGCGUUUGCCGUACUUAUUUGGAAAACCUUGCCGAUAUCCCGUGGUCGAAGGUAACUGAGGAUCAAUUUGGAAGUGACACCUUGCAGCGAGCCAGGAAACAACUUGAUGAUGAUCACUACGGACUUGAGAAAAUCAAGAAGCGCCUUUUGGAAUAUCUUGCCGUGUUGAAAUUGAAACAGUCUGUCAACCUUGAUGUAGACAGAGAGAUUUCAGAGGUAUCCGACAAGCUUAGCACAUCGGAGAAAGAUGCCAACGAGAGAAGUACCCUUCCGCAUAACGAAAGAGAGGGACUGGAGACCAAACUUCAAAUGUUGAAGACGAAGCGUAUGAUUGACAAAUCACCAAUUUUGUUGUUGGUUGGUCCUCCAGGAACUGGCAAGACUAGCUUGGCGAAGUCUGUGGCUGCUUCCUUAGGACGCAAGUUUCAUCGUAUUUCUCUCGGUGGUGUACGUGAUGAAGCUGAGAUCCGUGGUCACCGCCGCACUUAUGUCGCCGCAAUGCCUGGUCUCAUUGUCAAUGGCUUAAAGAAAGUUGGAGUCGCGAAUCCUGUGUUCCUACUUGAUGAAAUUGACAAAGUCGGGGGAUCUAACUUCCACGGUGACCCAUCCGCUGCAAUGCUUGAAGUAUUGGAUCCCGAGCAGAACCACAACUUCUCCGAUCAUUAUAUCAAUAUUCCUAUCGAUUUGAGCAAGGUUCUCUUCAUUGCUACUGCUAACUCUCUGGACACCAUUCCGGCACCUUUGUUGGACCGCAUGGAAACCAUUUCACUUUCGGGCUAUACCACAGUAGAGAAACGGCACAUCGCUAGACAGCACCUUCUCCCGAAGCAGAUCCGGACAAAUGGCUUGUCCGAGGGCAAGGUUGCACUUACCGAUGAUGUUCUUGAGAAGGUCAUUACAUCCUAUACCCGUGAGUCUGGUGUUCGAAACCUGGAACGCGAAAUCGGCUCUGUAUGUCGCUAUAAGGCGGUGCAAUAUGCCGAUGCCAAAGAGACAAAUAAAAUGGAGUCCUACAAUCCGAAUGUUUCACAUGAUGAACUUGAGGAGAUUCUGGGUAUAGAGCGGUUUGACGAGGAGAUUGCGGAGACUACAUCCCGACCAGGAAUUGUAACUGGCCUUGUGGCAUACUCCACCGGUGGACAAGGAAGUAUUCUUUUCAUCGAGGUAGCAGACAUGCCCGGCAAUGGCCGUGUACAACUUACCGGAAAACUCGGAGAUGUGCUCAAGGAGUCUGUGGAAGUAGCAUUGACAUGGGUCAAGGCGCAUUCUUUUGACUUGGGUCUAUCCCAUGACCCCAACGAGGAUAUCAUGAAGAACCGGAGUUUACACGUUCAUUGCCCAUCCGGUGCAAUUCCUAAGGAUGGACCUUCUGCUGGUCUCGCUCAUACUCUGGCCCUGAUCUCUCUGUUUUCAGGAAAAGCAGUACCGCCUCAAAUUGCAAUGACUGGCGAAGUAUCUCUUCGUGGCCGAGUCAUGCCGGUUGGCGGAAUCAAGGAGAAAUUAAUUGGUGCUUUGCGUGCCGGAGUUAAGGUGGUUUUACUGCCACAUGCCAACCGUAAAGACGUCAAGGACGUGCCACAAGAGGUCAAGGAUGGCCUUGAAAUAGUUUAUGUCAAGUUUGUAUUCCCUUUAACAGAACUCUUUCUUCCAUUCAGACACUAA